AUGUCACCACCCUCUGCCACCGACCCUUUACUUCCCAACACCAACGCCAACAACGCCAACACUCAGCCAUCCUCACCCGAACAGCCCAAGCUCGCCCGCCGCAACAUGGACCGUAACAUCUACUGGACGCUCGGUUGCGUCUACGGCGCCAGCGCCGUGGCUCUGGGCGCUUUCGGCGCGCACGGCUUGAAGAAACGCAUCUCGGAGCCGCAGCGCAUCGCGAAUUUCGGAACUGCUGCGCAGUAUCAGAUCGAUCCGGGUGCUCGGCAAGCUUGGGGAGCGGGAGCGGGAGCGGGAGAGCGUGGCCUCUUCGGCAUGAAGCGGUGGCAGCAGACCGCUUCCCGUAACCCGUCUCUUCUCCAAUCCAAAGCCGAUGCCUGCUCCUCCCUCCUCAACCCGAAUCCCACGCCCACUUCCGCCCACCCAUUCCACAGCCUUCCUUCCGCCCUCUCCACCCCCCGAUCCCCAAUUGACUCCAACCUCUCUACCCCUUCCCUCUCCCAGAUGCCAACCAACCCGAUCAACCCCACUAACCACAUCUACCCACAGCUGAUCCACUCCGCCGCCCUCCUCCUCGCCUCCUCUGCCGCCCCGGACAACAGGCUGGCCGCCAACCUCUUCACCGCCGGCAUGACCAUGUUCAGCGGCAGUUUGUAUCUGCUGGUCCUCAACCCCGCGCAGUUCCGCUUCUUGGGGCCCGUCACGCCGCUGGGGGGACUAUGUCUGAUUGGUGGGUGGGCUGCGCUGGCUUGGCCUUGA